AUGCCGCCAUCAUUGGCAUGCUCAUCAUCGACGUUGUCAUGUGCGAAACAAUUAUGUAAAGCCACAGCAUCAUCAACAUCAUCACGAUCCUUUUCCACGACUCCUCGAACACAACAGAGAACCACGCGAGCUCGGAGAGCAUUGUACAGAUGGCUAGCCACAGUAGGGGAUAACUUCCGGAAUCCACUACCGGGCUCAACAAACUAUCUGGGAGCAUACAAUGCUCAGGGUAAAUUAAAGCGAGUUGUGGAAGCGGAAUACAAGAAAGCGAAUGACAAGAAAAUGGACAAGGGAAACCGAGAUAUUCCUAAGGACCCAUCUGAGGCGCUUCCUCCCGAGUCGGCUCGCGACCGAACGCCGUUCCCCAUAUCCCGAUCAUUCAUAAGUCAAUCUGUCCUCAGUGAGGAAUUUCGCGAUGAAAUCUGGUUUCGAAUCAUGAAGCAGGGCAAAUCAGUGAGAGAAGUCAGCGUAGAUAUGGGCGUUGAGAUGAGUCGUGUAGGUGCAGUCGUUCGCUUGAAAGAGGUGGAGCUGGAGUGGAAACGCAUUGGGAAACCAUUGGCGACGCCAUACGCAAAAGCGGUCAUGUCAAUGCUUCCCAAAACAGGCUUUGCCGAGGAUGCCGCGUCUGAGCGAUCUCUCCCUGAACGAAAACUAUUCUCAAAACCCAAGCGUCUAAUGAGUGACGAGGAAAGGAAGAAGCUUAGGGCCGCGAAUCGAGAACAAAGGGCGAUCGAGGCGCGCGGCAUCGAGGGUAGAAAUUUCGCUCGACAUGAGUCGAUCAACGACCUUCCCGUACAUUCCAAGACGGGACAGCAAAUCUUCCACCCUACCUCUGAGUCCAGGCAGUUCACCCGUGCCGAUGCCGCAAAGGUAUUCGAUGAGAGGCUUCUCCCUGCCGACGAUCGAAUACCGCAUCCUGAAAUGGUUGUUCGGCAGCGAGAGUUGGUGGAAGGCUUAAGUGACGAGGAAAGAAUGGAGAAGGCACAACUUCGAGCAGCGAAGGCCGAAAGCAAGAGGCUGGCGGAGGUAGCCAAGCAGGUUGCAAAGGACUCCAAGACUAAGAGAGUCGAAACCCCUCGAUGGGAAUUCAGAUUUACCGAAGCUAAUGUCGAGGAUGCGGGCAAGACUGGAAGAGGUCACAAAGGUGUUGGAUGGCGGUAUGGAGUACCGUUGUAUGAUCGCAACAAGGGAUUGGUCAAGAUACCACAGUCGGUGGAGUAA